GUCACUUUAAGUACAUACACGUUCAAGCCGUAAUAAUUUUACACCAAAUUGUAAUGAUCGACCAUGCAGCAGUCGAAAAAGCAUCCCCUAAAUUACAUACCGAGAAAAGUGAGUAGAUCAAUGCCAAAAAGGAAAUGCUCUUUCACUCAGACGGAGAACGAACUGGUCUGUAAAGAAUGUUGCUGCAGCGUUUCUCAGCUUAACGCCAAGGAAUUUAAGUUUCACUACAUGAAGGCGUUGCGAUUUCUGAAUAAUUGUCACGAAGCUGUGAACAAAAUGUUGAUAGACAAUUUUCGGGAGUGUGGUGAUUCCGUUCCCAAAGAUUUAUUUUUGAUGCCGAAGAUUCCGAAUUGUUACGGCGUGUGCAAGCAGUUCCUGCAAAACGGGCAAUGUUCAAGCGAAUUGUUGGAUAUAACUAACGACUCCAACCAAGAGUAUAGUUUAAAAAGUAUCCGCGGGUGUAGUGCUAAAAGAUCAGACAACACAGGAAUUUCUCUAGAUAGUUUCCAUUCGGAAAAUGACCACGAUGGUUCCAUCGGUUCGCCCGUUAAGCCCUUAACGAUAAAUUCGGGCGUGGAUGAAAACCAACGUCACGUCGCCGAAACCAACGUGUCCGCAAAAAGUUCCGAGACGUUUAUUUUGAUGAAGAACGAAAAAGCGCCGACGCAAGGUCCGAAUCUGUUGCAAAACAGGAAAAGGAUAUUGCAAAUAUUUCAGAGACAAGUCCACCAGGAACUCGAACAAAUUUUGCCGAGCCGCAUGUCGAGCGAUUUCGAGUUCACCGAUAUUAAGAUCACGGACAUUCCGCCGGAAAAACUGAACCUCAUGGAAUACUCGAUGAAAAAGGUGCCGAAAGAUCCUCCGGCCCAAGUGGUUUUUGAAAAUCGUUUACCUAAAUACGUACACCCCAGCACGACCAAUUUCAACUUAAAAGGCGGCCCGAAACAGUCCAAGUCGCUUAACGGCAUUCAAAAGGCGUUCAGUCCUAAGAAAAUAAACUUAAUGUUCCAUAAGAUUUCGCAAGAAAAUCUUCACUUGGGCGACCGCCCGAGCUAUAUUGAGAACUCGGUCGAUAGCGAGAUGUUAAACGAUGUUGAAUAUGAGCCGACGAAUGACAUAGACAAUAAGUGCCGAACGAGGUACUCAUUUCCAAAUCUGUUGAACAAGUCGAUGUGGGAAAUUGAAUACGAUGUUAAAAGCAGACCCACAAUAACCCAUCCCCUUCAGCUCAGUGAAAAAGACAGAUCAAUGGUCGACGAGAACGUGUUACGCACUAUGGGCCUCUAUACGAAAACAGGAAAUCUCAGACCCGAGGUGAUUGAAAUUUUACAAGAUACAGAAAGGUCCAGAAUUUUAAACGACAGCAGAAGCAAACCGUUCCGGACUAAACGAAAGUUAGACGUUGAAAUCCACUUUAAGCAAGAUUUGAACAUGGAGAACACCAGCAGUUUAUCUCUGAUAUCUUUCGACAGCGGAUGCAGUGGCGUCCCGUCCGUUUCAUCCGUAUCGUCGGAUAUCAAGUCCGAUUCCGAAGUAGAGGUUAAAUUUGACAACAGGCUGAUGCGCCUGGAUAAAACUUUGUCACUUUAAAAUGUUGAAGCAUCUCGAAAUAUAGCAGACUGCAUGAAAGAAUCAGAUGGUUUUUCU